GAUCUGCCAACUCUUAACGAAAACUUUAAUUCUUCACAGUACAUGACGAAUCCCGGGGGCGAGUGCUAGCCCUAGCUAAUUUACGCGAACACGGACCACUCUUUGCAAAAUGGUCACGCUCCCCUAGGCCUGGUACCUUGCGAGAAAGUGUGAGCUCUUCGUGAGCUCUUGGAACGAGAUUGACAAAAUGGCGGACGAAUCUGCCAGUUCAGUAUUAGCAUAGAGAUGAAAGUACAUUUGGUUGUCUCUAAAGGACUUAUUGUGGCAGAACUUGUCACUACAUCUCCAGAAAAGUAUGCGCCAUCUUUCUAACAAGGUUAAUGUCUGCAAAUUUGUGUACUUGAAAUGUCGAGCUCUAUCGCAAUGGACAGGUGAGAUUUCAGUAUAUAGGUCACUAUCCCAGAAUCCUUUUGAAAACUUGGCAUUUGAAGACUGGCUAUAUCUUAAUGCUGAUCUAACAAAACGAAGAAUCCUUUUUUUAUGGAGAAAUGAACCCACGAUAGUUAUAGGAAGACACCAGAAUCCUUGGGCAGAAUGCAAUUUAAAAAGUCUUCAGCAAAGUAAUGUUCAUUUGGCAAGGAGAAAAAGUGGCGGUGGAACAGUUUACCAUGAUUUAGGAAAUGUCAAUAUCUCAUUCUUUACUGCUCGUGAGCUCUAUGAUCGCAAGGGAAACUUAGCUCUGAUUGUGAAAGUAUUACGUGAAAGAUGGAAACUGGAUGUUGAAGCUUCUCCUAGAGAUGACAUACUUAUUGAUGGAAAAUUUAAAAUUUCAGGUACAUCGUCUAAGCUUGGAAGAAAUAUUGCAUUUCAUCACUGUACUUUGCUCUUGGAUGUUGAUGAAGCCUUGCUGAAAUCACUUCUUCAUCCUUGUUAUACAGACAUCUCUAGUAAAGCAACCCAGAGUGUCAAAUCAGAUGUCAUGAACUUAUCCAGUAAAGAUCACUCAAUAAACUUUGAGUCUGUCACAGCAGAAGUUGCUCAGAUGUUCUGUCAAAGUUAUGCUCCUAGAAUGAACAUAAAGAUGGUUGAUAUUGAUCCUUCCAAAGAUGAACACUUCCCUGGAAUAGUGGAUCUGAGGAAAGAGCUUGAAGAGUGGAAGUGGAUUUAUGGGAAAACUCCAAGAUUCUAUGUAACUUUUUCAACCACUUUAUCAGUGAGACACAUAUCGGCAAGAAUCACUUCUUACCAUGGUCUGUUGGAAGAUGUGAAUAUCCAGUGUGACGACAAGGAAAUGUGUCUACUCUUCACAAAGCUUGUCCAGGGGCUUAUAGGGAUAAAAUUUAAAGGUGAUGACAUUCAUACAGCCUUGCUGACAUUUUUUAACUCAGAAUCACUCACAGCUCUAGAUAGGCAACUUUGUUGUCAGUUUAUACAGUGGAUUGUCAGUGUAAUAUGAAUCAAAAAUAAAAUCAAGCCUGAAGGGUAAAAUCAAAGGACAUUCACGACCAUGUUAAAGCUGGAAACAUGCAACUACAAUUCAUACAAUUCAGUUUGAGUACUUGUCUGGAUUGUUUAAACUGUAUCACAAUGUUAUAAUAAUCAAGUUGAGAAUUUUUAAAGAAUAUAUCUCUGUCAUUGUCAUGUUUCAUGUUGACUCGUACCAUAAGCUUAAUAAAAUACGUUAAGAGUUUAGCAAGGGUUGGGUACAUGUACAUAUAGUGACUUAAAAAAAAAGGUUCAAUUCAUUGCAAUGGGCCAUUACAUUAAGAGAUCGUGUAUCACUUUUAAAGCCAGGGCUCAACACUAACAGUAGCCAACUAGCCACAGAUUAAUAGAAAUCCAGUUUUGGUUAGUGAUUUUUUAUUUCCAUUGGCCAGUUUGGCUAGUAAACAAACUGAAAUUGUUGUAACAUCUAAGUUGUCACUAGCCACUUGGCUAGUAUGUUGAAAAGCCCUGAAAGCUCAAUGCAUGUAUUUUUUCAGGUUUCUGUCACUAAAAAGAGAUGCCAUAUAUUAUUAUUAAUUUAUACUCCUGGGGCCCAUUUCUUGAAAAUUUUCAAGUUAACAACUAGCUAUGAGAUAGGGUCUUAUUAUUUUGGAAAGAAUACCAGGUUUUAUUGUGUCACACACCUGUUUCAAUGUUCC